AUGCUACCCAAUAAAGCUCAGCGGAUGUCCGAGCCGACAGCGCCAAGACGACCAAUCGCCCGGAGAAAGCGGAGACCCUUGUCUUGCUCUCUGUGCCGACGACGGAAACUUGCUUGCGACCGUGAAUAUCCGUCCUGCAGUCGGUGUCGAAAAACCGGGAACUCUGAUUCUUGCUCGUACGAGGAUGCUCCUGUCCCGUCGCGUAACAGUCAGCGAAGAACAGUUGUGCUGGGGGAAAACACACCCGCUACCCCGGUCCUUGGGAACACUACAUCGUCUGCUUCGGUAGAAGGCUAUAGGGCAGACGAUAACACUCGACCCAUUGUGCAGGACUUGACAGAACACGCAGGUACUUGGCAGCUGAUAGGUGGUGAUGUUGAUGGAGCUACGACCAGUAAAGAGCGUCCGGCCAUUAAAGCCGACGUAACUGAACUGACGUAUCCCCCCGAACCAAUGUCAACUGAGGCUGUCAUCUUCCGAGGGAAGAAUUACAAGACACAGUAUUAUGGGAGUACAAACCCCACUAGUUUGAUCGGCCAUUUCCCCGAGCUUCGGGCUUACAUGAAGGAGACGAUCAAGCACCAUGCUUCUUUACCCGGUGUCCAGAAAGAACUGAAAGCAUUGGACACGAAAUGGAAGUAUGAGAAACCCAACAACCUUGCGGUCAAAACUGCGGACUUGUUGCUGCUGCUCCCAGACCAGGAACAGAUGGACGCAGCCAUUCGGCUAUAUUUCGAAACAUUCGAAACGAUGCACAGAAUUGUGCACAGGCCGACUUUCAUGGAGGAGUAUGACCAGUUGCAGAAGGAUCGAUCAGCUGCAAAACCAGGAUUCAUUGUCCUCAUUCUAUUGAUCAUGGCCACCGUCAGCUGCACAACGACAACUGACCGAACUUACGUGGGUAGCAGUAGUCUCGGUCGAGAACGGGGAUCGCUGUGGAUUGAAACGGCCGAAGCGUGGCUUGCAAAGCAGAGCAAGAAGAAUAUCUACCUGGUCAUAUGGCAGAUUCGCUGUCUACUCGUGCUUGCAAAACAAAUGUGCCGCUACAAGAAGAAGCGCAUGUGGUCGGUGGCGGGUGACCUGGUGAGAGAGGGAAUGGCGGCUGGCUUUCAUCGCGACCCAAGCCGUCUGGGGGGCAAGAUAUCUUUUUUCGACCAGGAGAUUCGCCGGAGACUGUGGGCGACAAUGACUGAGUUGGAGCUACAGGCUUCGGUCGAGCGAGGACUGCCAUCAGCCUUAGCUGCGAUCCAAAUGGAUUGUGCUCCUCCGGUUGAUAUCGACGAUGAAGGUCUGAGACCCGAAUCCUGUUCUACAGAGACACAAGGAUCGCCUGGGCAUCGUACAUCGACUUUGUUCUUGCGGUUAUGUAGGAACAGCCUGGACUUGCGCGUGUCCUUAAAUUCUCGGAUGAAUGAUCUGACCUCGGAUUUGCCAUAUGAGGAUAUCCUCAGAUACGAAGACAUGAUCAUGAGUGAACUUAAGAAGCUUCCCUCUUCAAGCGACAACAGCGAUGAUACUAAUGACAAAGGCCUAUCUCAGAUGGCAAGGGUAGUCCUAGAUCUGCAACUGCGGCAGUUCCUUGUCUUACUCCACGCCCCCUUUGCUAGAAAGGCAGAAAAUAAUACACGAUACACAGUAUCAAGGAUGGUUUGUUUCAAUGCCGCUGCCAGCAUGAUUGACCAGCAUUGGCGGCUGGUACAGGCUGGGAAUCCCAUGCUAUUGCUUUUGAGACAUGACUACUUCCGCGGAGCAUUAAACCUUUCUCACUACGCAUUUAUAUCCUCAGGAAUCAAGGCCGAUAUAUGUGUCCCAAUCGACCAGAAUGCAAUAUUGCAAUAUAUCCAGAAUGCGCUGUCCAUGUUGGAGGACAGCAUCACUUAUCUUGGAACCGGAUUCACGUAUCACUGGUACAUUUCUGCUGCAAUUUCCUUUUUGCGAUCACAGUCACAACCGGUAAAGUCCAGCACACUCAAGCAGGAAGCAAUUAACCAAGUCGUCAAACAAUAUUACCGAGUACUUGCAUCACAAGAACAGUUCCCUCGCGCCAAGGAGAAGAUCUAUUCCUCACAAUUCAGACAGGGUGAACCCUCCGAAGCUGAGUGCCAGUUUACCAGUGAUAAUGUGCUGGACCCAACGGAGAUGUCCUUGGACGAUGUGGGGUUUUCUCAGUUUGAUCCAACUGUUCAAUCGAUGGAGCAAUAUUUCUUCGGCGAUCCUGCCGCUUGGACAUUCGACGAUCUGUGGGAGGUAGCAUAG